AUGUCGAAUAUUAGUAAUAGCCGCAAAAGUCCGCAGCCCAUUAUUUAUCAUAAUGGAUAUUUUCAUUAUAAAUCAUUUGCCGAACUCAAAAAUGAAAUUAUUGAAACCAUUCGAGGAGGAAAUAUAGAUGUAAUUUUGGAAGAUGAAAUUUCGAUAUCUCCAAUCUCUAGCUCAGAUAAUAGUUCAAGUUCGCUACAUUCGGAAUCCAUUAUGGAUGGUUCUUUUGUUGCUGUGGGAGGAAUUGAUAAAAUUUACAAGACAAAGAUUAGAAUUACUUUCGAAAACCUUAUUCAUCAAAAUGUGGUAGAAUUUUUGGGAUCAUCAGAAUCAAUCAAAGCAUUUACUGAAAAUGGUUUUGCUGAUUGGAUUCCACUUGAUUUUAUCACUUACGACGUUAUUUUAAAAUUAUCAAAUUAUGAAGAAAACAAUGAACAACAACCAAAUCAACUUAGAUCUUUUAAUGAUGAAAUUGACGAAGCUUCAUUGAAUGCUAUCGUUGAAGAAUUAGCUAACAAAGAAGAAGAAAUUGCAUUAGAGAAAUUAUUUCCGGGCAAAUUUAUAAGCGCCUAUCGAGAAGUUAAUGCUAUUAAAGAUGUUAAGAUGGAUAUUCACUUUGUAGAUAUUCAACAUGAAAUUGAUAAUGAGUUUGGAAAAUUAUUUAUUGAAGCUUUGAAUUCUAUUAUUGAAGAUAGGAAAAUUUACAAGAAUAAUGAUUUGGUUUAUGAACCAUUCUUUAAAACAGUUAUUUAUUUACUAUUUCUCAUAAGAAAUAUGAUGUUUCUUAAUGAAUCAUGUGGAGAAUUAAAAUUUCCUUCAUGGAAACCUUUUGUUUCUUCUCAACAAAGGCGAAAAGUAACCAGAGACGAAAUUUCAGCAAAUUAUAAUUUAAUCGAACAAGAAUUAAUUCAAACUGAAAUAUCUGAAAAUGAUGAACCUUUCGAUAAACUUUCUAAUGUUGUAAAACAGUUAAGACAAGAUAUCGAGAACGCUCAAAAAGCAUUACGUGAUGGAGACAAAGUAUACACAAAAGGGAACAAUAUAAAGAAUACACUUGGUUGUGUAUUUAGUAUUGUAUCAGGAUAUUAUGCAUACAAGACUCAUGGAAAGUUUAAUAGUUCAAUUAAUUAUUUAAAAUCUCUUGAACCAUAUCUCGCCAAAACCAUGGUAUCUAUAGGUAAACUUGAAAUAUGGUUAAAUAAAGUGAAUUACGUUUCUAAACCAAAUUAUGUUGAUGACGAAAUUAAUAGUAAAGAUUUGGGUUUUGAUAGUGAAAAAGUAUUUUUAGAUGAUAUGAAAGGUAGAAAAUUAAUUUUUUUGAGAUUAUUUAAUACUUUUACUCCUCUUGCUGCUAAUUUGAGAAGUUGUUUGGUGGUGUAA